AUGAAGGAGGCGAACGUCCCCGAGGAGAACAGCUUCAGCGAGGCGAUGGCCACCGGCCAGCAGGAUCUCACACCCGGCGGCUGCGGGAAGAAACGCCGCUGGCUUCAGCGCCUGGUUCCGGACAACUUCUGGGAGGCCGCGAAGGGGCUGCUGGUGCUGGCGGGGCCAGUGAUCCUGAUCCAGCUGCUGAUCUUCCUGAUACACCUCGUCAGCUCCAUAUUCUGCGGCCACCUGGGCAAGGUCGAGCUGGCCUCCGUCACGCUGGCCAUCGCUGUUAUAAAUGUCACUGCCAUCUCUGUAGGAUAUGGUUUGGCUUCGGCAUGUGACACCUUGAUGUCACAGACCUACGGCAGCAAGAACCUGCUGCGCGUGGGGGUGAUCCUGCAGCGUGCCACCCUCAUCCUCCUGCUCUGCUGCUUGCCCUGCUGCGCCAUCCUCAUCAACAUCGAGCAGUUCCUGCUCCUCAUCCGCCAGGACCCUGAUGUCUCCAGGUUAACCCAGCGCUACGUGAUGGUGUUUGUCCCCGCUCUCCCGGCGGUCUUUCUGUACAACCUGGAGACAAAAUACCUGCAGAACCAGAUGAUCCUGUGGCCGGUGGUGCUGAGCGGGAUCGUCGGCAACAUCGUCAACGUGAUCGCAAACUGCAUCUUCCUCUACGUGUUCCACUUGGGCAUCACGGGCUCUGCCUGGGCCAACACCGUUGCUCAGUAUUCACAAACCAUUUUCUUGUUCCUGUACAUUAUAGGCAAGAAACUCCACGUGAAGACCUGGGGAGGCUGGUCCAGCGAGUGCCUGAUGGAGUGGGACAGCUUCACCUCCCUGGCUGUCCCCAGCAUGCUCAUGGUGUGCAUCGAGUGGUGGACCUACGAAAUUGGGAGCUUCUUGAUAGGGCUCCCUAGGGACAGCCCGAUCCCGCUGGGGCUCGGCACGGCGGCCAGCGUGCAGGUGGGGAACGCGCUGGGCGCUGGCGACUUCGAGAUGGCCAAGAGAUCCUCCUCCACCAGCCAGCUCUGCACAGGGGUUUUUUGCGUAGCCAUGGGGGCCAUUUUAGCCGCCACGAAGGACGUGCUGGGAUACAUCUUCACCCCUGACAAGGAGAUCAUUGACUUGGUGGCCUGGGUCAUGCCUGUCUACGUUGUCUUCCACUUGUUUGAAGCCAUGUGUGGAGCCUGCAGCGGGGUGCUCAGAGGCAUAGGCAAGCAGAAAUUCGGCGCCAUCCUCAACACCGUGAGCUACUAUGGUGUGGGCCUGCCCCUGGGAGUCGUGCUGCUCUUCGUGGCCAGGAUCGGCAUCAUAGGCCUGUGGCUCAGCAUGCUCAUCUGCGUCUCCAUCCUCUGCACCUGCUUAGUCACCUACAUCUGCCGCAUGGACUGGAGGAAGGCGGCCGAGGAGGUCUACAUGCAGGAGAAGAAAAAGGCUCCUACCUCACCGUGA